UUAAACCAAAUUAACUUGCAUGAGUGAAACCAGGAAAUAACCUGGUCUAAAUAAGACAAUAUUCCCCAGUUUAUCAAGUGAACCACAGACUGGAUUAUUAGAUGUCAAGAUGUUAUGAGCAGUUCUUCUUUUUUUCUCUGCAGCAUUUAUUAUGACACUGUCAUUAUUCGACAGUGCACCUAACUUUAGGUUUAUAUAGCUGUUCUCCAGACUUGGACUUUAACCAGCGCUAACUACAACUUUAAGAAAUAAGUUACUUGUUUUUUCUUUUCUCCAGGAAAUCACAUGGAGGUGCUCUUGCGCUCACAUGACACUCCGAACCAUGGCAGGAGAGAUCAAUGAAGGCUCAGUUCCUGCCUAUUACAGGGAAGUAUAUGAAGCCAUCUGCUGCAGAACAGAUGAGAGAGUGCAGGUUGAAGUUUUUCAGCGGUUACUCCAAAGGGCUGACCUCUCCAAGGCUUUUUUAGGCCAGAUUGCUGAGCAUGUUGACGCCACAGAUGGAUUCCUGAGCAAGUUGUCCCUCUAUAAAGCACUCGCCUUGAUUGCUCUUGCUCAGCAAGGAAAGCAGCCAAGCCCCAAACUCUUGGAGAACUGCAUACAAGAGUUACCGAAACCUCAGCUCGGGGAGCCGAAGGAUCUGAACGCCUUGAGGAUGCAGCCAGCUCAGGACGACGAACUGAUCAUGUCCCAGACGCUGGACAAGCUGCUGGUCAGAGACACAGUCCAGGUGGAGCUCAUACCUGAGAAGAAGGGCCUGUUCCUAAAACAUGUUGAGUACCAGGUUACCAGCCAGCGUUAUAAAAUAUCAGUUUACAGACGCUAUAGUGAUUUUGACGUCUUCCAUGAGGUUUUGCUUCAGAGAUUUGCCUACAGGGUGGUGCCAGCACUGCCACCAAAAAGGAUGUUAAAGGGAGUGCUGACCUCCGUCUCUGAGCGGGAGUUCAUCGAGGGGAGGAGACGUGCUCUUGGCAGAUUCAUUAACUUGGUGGCACGACAUCCCUUCUUCUCAGAGGACGAGCUGGUUAAGACCUUCCUCACCUUCAGUGGCUCUGAUGUUCAGACUAAGCUGCGUGAUGCUUACAAGAAAAUGGGCGAUGAGUUCAUGACUAACAGAACUGCAACCCAGGCAAAGGAAUAUCUCCCUGCUGACAUUCAGGCUCAGUUCUCAACAAGCAGAGAGCUGAUUAGAAAUAUCCACAACAGCUUCCACAAACUGCGGGACAGAGCUGAGAAAAUGGCAGAGCGCUCUAAGGAGAACGCAACUGAUCUCCUCAUGUUUGGCAGAGAGCUCAGUACAUUGGGCUCAGAUGCUUCGUCUCUUCCCUCCUUGGCCUCUUCACAAAGCACCUGGGGGACCCUGCGUCAGUCACUGAAGAGUCUGUCUGUGGAGUUCGCUGUGCUCUCUGACAAAGCGGCUCAGCAGGGCAGACGGGAAGAGGAUGAUGUUGUGGAAAAACUGAAUCUUUUCCUGGAUUUGUUGCAGUCGUACAGAGAUCUCUGUGAGCGCCAUGAGAAGGGUGUGCUCCACGAGCACCAGAGAGCUCUGCACAAGUACAGUGUGAUGAAGAGGCAGAUGAUGAGCGCCGCUGUUCAGCCAAAAGAGCAGGCAUCUGUGGAGCAGCUUGAAUCGCGAAUUGUUCAGCAAGAAAAUGCCAUUCAGACCAUGGAGCUGCGUAACUACUUCUCCCUGUUCUGCCUUCAUCAAGAGACACAGCUUAUCUUCACCUACCUUCCAAUCACAUCCCACAUUCUCGGGGCUUUUGUUAACUCCCAGGUCCAAGGACACAGAGAGAUGGGAGAGGUGUGGAAUGAACUCCAGCCAAAGCUUGGAUGUCUCUUUGGUGGUAAUAACGGAUUGAAAACCUCCAUCUAAAACCUAAGUGAGCUGCAAAGGAGAAACACUGCCCCUGAUGAGGACUACAAACUGGAAAAUAACUUGCUCUGUGAGCUAAAGCUAAAAACUUUAAGGCACAACUAUUUUUUUUUCUUCUCCUACAUCUUCUAUGACAUAAUAUACAUUCCAUUCAGUAAGAUGAUUUAAUGUUUUGGUUUGAGUGUCAACCAUAUCACCUUUACCUGGCCAGUGUUGCUUAUGAGUUAUUUUAUGCUCUCCCUGAUCUGGAUAUAAUGUUCAUUUCCAAAUCAACUUUUAUAACUGCCAACAAGGAAGCAAAAUAAUCUGAGGUGUUGUUUUGCAAGGGAUACGAGGAGGAUGACAGUAUAUUCAUGCAUUCCAACUCAUCUGAUAAAGCACCUGCUAUUAACAGUUUUAGACACUAAGAUAGCUGAGAAACAUUGACAGGGACACAGAGUUAGGAUGUUUUUUUUUUUAAUCCCUAGUCAUGAAGUCUUUGGUUUUACUUACUGAAUAACUUUAGACCAAUGUAUUUUUGAUACAGAUUUUAGUUGUGUAGCAGCAUAUUUUGUAUUUUUUUAUGGAGAAGUGUGCUAUUUCUUACUGUUUACUCUUAUGUAGAGCAACAUCUUUGCUUUAAAUGUUUGCAAGACUCCCUUUUAUUUUAUAAGCUAUUUUUUUUUUUUGAAAAGCUGGAGCUCAAAUUCCAGGAUUCUGCAAAGGGCAGAUAUUUGAGAUUUACUGAAAAAAUAAUGACCUCUCACACUAGUGGCUUAAUAUAUCAGUAAUAACACUAUAAGCUACUGAUUUACUACCAAAGAUAAUUAUAAAUACACAGCCGUUCUGGUAUAAUUUAAAACUUCCAUAAUUAAC